UCUACCCUUAUCAUUCCAUUAUUCUUAUUGAUCCUAUCUCAUAUUUAAAUAGAAUUUGUUAAGUAGUCUCAACAUUUAACAAGGCCGCAGCAAACAUUGAAGACUGUGGAACAAGUACUAUGUAAGUACUACUAGUAGUAUUGAUUUUAUUUCGGCGAUAUGGAUGGCAUCGCGCCUUCCAAUUCUAGUUGUGGGUACCUACUGUACCUGGGUAUACUAGGUACAUAGGGGCGCGAUAUGUGAUGGGGCAAAGUUGAACCUCAGGUACCUACCUACCGCCAGCGCACUUAUAACCACCGUAAAUUAUUUGGCAGUCAUUGUUUAUUUUAUUUAAACCGCAAGAUGAAUCAGAACGCGUUCAACUUAAUUCUUUCAACAAGUCGAAAAAAAAAUCGAGAUCUCCAACGUGCGGGCGAGAUCAACGCCAAAACUUGGAGCACACCUCCUUGUUCGAUUACCAAAAGACAGACGCGAUUUUUCAUAGUACAAUUCCCUGAUAAUAAAAACGUGAUCAAUCAUGUCGGAUCAAGUGAGUGACAGAGCGACGCCUGAGCCGCGUUAUAGCUCGUCAGAUAAGAAGCUUCUUGAGUCGGGAUCCUUCUCGGAUGUAAUUAUCAAAUGUGAGAAUCGCACUUGGAACGUCCACCGAGCUAUCAUUUGUCCCCGAUGCCCCUUCUUUGAGAAGGCAUUCAACGGUCCCUUCCAGGAAAGCACCACUGGGGAGCUUGUUCUACAUGAUCAAGUACCCGGGGUUGUGGAUGAGGUUAUUCGAUAUCUCUACACUGGAACCGCAUCGAACAAAGUCGAUGCUCAUCCAUUGGACCUCUUCAAAGGCGCAGAUUUCUUUGGCGUCCCUUCCCUUGCGUACAUUGCCCUCAAGCAGAUAAAAUCCACCCUCCAGGAAAUCGCGAAGAAAGCUAAUUAUGGUCACUUCAUCGACGUAAACAACAUUAUGACACCCGAGGAGUAUGAAGACUUCCUGCUGAUAGUCAAAGCUGCAUUCGGAAGCGGAUCAGCUACCUACCUACCCCUACGAGACCCAGUUCUACGUUUCAUCAGUCUAAAGAAGUUGACCCUCGCGAACGACGAGAAAUUUCAAGGCCUGUUAGAGGAGCUUCCAAUCCUGGCCGUGGAGAUGGUCAAGCUUCUCGCGCGUCCACUCACCACCUUCCAAGACCCGAAGCUAUGCUGGCAUUGCAAGUCAAGACCUGUCCAGGCUGGUAGACUCUGGAUACUGGAGCUUGCGAGCCGUGCGAGCGUAACGUACCGAAAGGUGGGAGUAUGCGCAGAGUGUGAGGAGCAUGGCAAUGCGGAAGGUUAGAGAUAGUUCACUAAUUCGUGAGUAUGCGUUGUUUUGUGAACGAUAUGUACAUAGGCUUGAAGCAUCAACGAAGGGUUGAAAAGUUCUAGUGAGGCAAUCCAAACACAAACUACGACAGAACCGAGACGAUUAUAUUUCCAUCGACUCGAAGACAGAAUACAA